AUGACCCACACUUGGGAUUUGCCCACGAUUCAAAAUGGCGGCGGUCAGAAAAGCCUCAUCAGGGAACCGCUGAAGCUGAAGGGUCUUCUGGACAAUUACAAAUCCUUCAACGUCACCCCUGCCAUUGGGAAGGAAUUCCCUGACGCCGACGUGGUAGAAUGGAUGAAAGCCCCCAACAGCGAUGAGCUCCUGCGCGACUUGGCUAUCACGAUCUCUCGUAGAGGUGUUGUUUUCUUCCGCGCCCAAGCUAAUUUGACCGAUGAACUUCAAAAAGAGUUGGCACAUCAUCUGGGUGUUCUCUCCGGCAAACCAGCCGAUUCAAGACUUCACAUUCACCCUUUGACCAAGCAUAACCUUGACAAGGACCCCGAACUCAACGUGAUUACCACCGAUAAAGCCACGAACCCAGCAGAAGACCUGUGGAAAAACAGACCCGCCGACAUCAGAAACGCAUGGCAUACUGAUACCGGUUACGAACCAAAUCCAGCCGACUACUCGAUCUUGAAACUUGUCAAGCUUCCUGAAACAGGCGGAGAUACAAUCUGGAGCUCAUCUUGUGAAAUCUAUGACAAAAUCUCCCCCGCCUAUCGCAAAUUCCUCGAGGGCCUAACCGCCACGUUUUGCCAGUCCAGACUUCCAAUCGCCGCCGCUGCUAAAGGGUUCGAGCUAUAUGAGGAGCCCCGCGGGUCCCCAAACAAUGUUGGCGCUUCCCUCCGCGCUGUCCACCCGGUAGUCCGCAGCAACCCCGUAACCGGAUGGAAGAGUCUGUUCGCCGUAGGUAACCACGUCGAACGGAUCAACGAAUUGACACCCGACGAAAGUAGGCGGCUGCACGACUGGUUCCUACAGAUGAUUGUAGAGGAGCAUGAUACUCAAUUGAGGCAUCGGUGGGAGAAUCAGUAUGAUAUCGCUAUCUGGGACAACCGCACCGUUUACCACUCGGCCAUUUUCGAUUUCGCGGGAUUGGGAGCUCGUACAGGUCACCGGGCAGUGAGCAUCGGCGAGAGGCCCUACUUUGACCCAAACAGCAAGACCCGCCGUGAAGCCCUUGCUGAAGAAGGAUUGAUGUUCUAG